AUAAAUAUGACCUAAUGACAAGGUGUAUCUCUUAACCUAAUGCAGGGAAGACCCAUCCAACUGACAACCAGAGCCCCAGUUUGUGCCUAUUGUACGCACCCUUGGUGACUCCAGAGCCUUGCUAGUGUAUAACACGGACUUUUGUCCGUAAAACAGAUGCUUAUAUUAAAUCAUGAUGGCCUACUGACCGUGCAACUUGGAAGUGAGAGUCCGGAUUUUAUGCCUUGCUUGAACUCUCCAGUAUAUACUCCAUAUCGCUUACUGUAUCCUGACAUUUUGGGUUAUCCAAUUUGGAUUAUCGGGCUUGGAGCAUGGCCUACGGUAAUCACAGAGAAGGCACGUCCCAAACUGCCACGCGCCGCUGUGUCUACGGCGUAACAGGUUGCUUACAGGCUGUCCGCAACCUGAUCACGUCCCACCCAAGCAGAGUCUUAUGGGCUUUGCUUAUUGUGUAUGUUGCUCUUGGCGUUGGAAUUUGGGGCAUAAGCCAUGCUGUGGGCGCCCACCAGAAGGUAGCCAAGGCUUGGUACGGCUGCCUGCUCACGGGUAUCGCUGUCCUGGCGGUAGCAAACGUGGCCCUGGUGUAUGCGGUUGUGUCAUCUAGACGGAGGCACCAAGAGCUGUUAGAGGCUCUCUUGCCGCGUGAGAUCGUCAAGUCGCUUAAGGAUGAAGGGAGCCGGUCUUUCGGAAAAGCACGCAUCAUGAAAGCAGACACUCCGGCUGACCUGCUGCUGAGCAUGAUGGGUGAGCUGCUGGUCGGCAGGCUACCCGACAUCGGCGACGUGUUGUUCAUCCGCACCGUGUUGAUGCGCAACAUGGACGUCUACCAGCCACUCAACCUGAACUACCAUAUCAAAGGGGCCAAUCUCGAU